UCCCAGUUCAUCUUCUUAUCCUCAUCAACAAAAUCAGCACAGUUUUCUUUUUCCUGAUGUAAAACAUGCAUUUAGCACAAAAGAUUAUAUUUUGCUCCCAUGUUUCCCAUUUUGCCCACCUGAGGUAUAUUUAACUGUUAAGAAUGUGCUAACAGCCAAGGAAACCUGACUGAAAAUAUAGCCAUAAUUGGGCUUGGGAGCUUCACAUUAAAACCUUGCACAGAAAAUGCCAUUAAUACCAAAUACCAAAACACCCAUUCAUUCAAACAAACAAGCUCCAAGGCAUCUGCUUUAAAAUCCAACGACUCUGUGCUGUGUCAAGAUCAGCUAUAUUAAAUUGGUUUGCAGUUUGUUUGAUUUUCAGAAGUUAUUGACUCCAAGGUAUUUGUUGCCUUGUAGCCAUAAAGCAUACAAACAGUACUUCACAUCACUAUUUCUGCUCACUAAACAGAUGUGUACAGCUAAGAGGCUAAUAUUCUCUUUGAAACUAAAGGAAAUAGUCAUUUACUUAAAUCCUUUGUUGGAAUGUGUCUUUAAUGCUCCUUUAUUAAUUGAGUUUCAAGAGUCUCAGCUCUUGACAGCCAGUAGAUAACAUGUGCUGGAGAUCUACGGUCAUAACAGUACAGAUAAUUUGUUCAGGAUGGGAAAAAGAAGUAGUGUUUCUGUUUUUAAUUUGCUUGAUAGUUUAGAAAUAUCCUUACAAGCUACCUAAUUUUAGUUCCUUGAGGACCACAUCUUUCUCCUUUGCAGGGAAAUUCUUGCUGUGCACAAUGAACCCUGGCAGAAUGGCUGCAAUGAAGGCGGCAGAGGAACACUGCCAAUGUGCUGGCAGUUGGUGCUAUGCAGCUCUCGGGAGCUGGUGUUCUCGGUUGGACAGAAGGUGUCUGAACCUGCUUGGAUGAUGAGGAAGACAAAGUAUUUCUGGGGAGCCUUUGCAGGAAGAGGCAGCAAGUGGGAGAAAGUGGCCGGGGAAAAUGCAAGGAUGCUGCCCAGGGCCACGCAUGAGGAGAAGAAGCAGCAGGAAGCAAAGAGGAGAGGGAAGCUGAAAACCAUGGCAGGAAAAUUGCUGAAGGUGGUGGCCAGUGGAAAAGAGGCAGCGGAAGAGAAGGCUGGUGGUGUGGAGGUGGCAGGGAAUUUGCUGAAGAUGGCAACCAGUAGGAAAGGAGUGGAGGGUAGGGUGCCUGCAGAAGAAGCCAUCUGUGGGUUCAUUGAGCAAGGAAAAUUUCUUGAAGCUUGUGAUCAUAUUUAUAAUCUGGAGCAUUCUGGAAGUGAUGAGAUGGGAAAGUCUGAGUCACUUUAUAAGCUACUGGCUGAACGAAUGUGGACUGUGGUGGGCGAAGCUCUCAGUGGAAGUGGUAGGAUGUUCCUGGAGCCAUUGCGAUCAGUGGGGGAAUCACUGAAGUGGGAGAAGCAGAAGGAAGCAGAGUGGCUUGGCAGCAGCCAAGAGACUGGGCCUGUUUCCACCUGGAGUCCAAACUUCUGGAGGAAAGAACUGGAGGAACAGCUAAUACAGUACAUGACAGCCUGGAUUCCCCCCCUGAGUUCCUCUGCUAACGCAAAUGAGAAUGUAUUAAACCAGCAUCUGAGUCAACUGGAAACGUCAUUUCUCCCCAGCCUGGAGCAUGGUAGUGGUGUCUUUGAGGAAGCAGGACUGCUCAGCACCUACACCUACUGCUGUCAUGCCUCUUUGUCUUCUCACCUUGCCACACUUACUGACAGUAGCCAUUUCAGCUUCACCCAAUGCCUUUUAGUUUAUGAAUGGGGCCUUAAAAUGUACAAAAGUGGCAAUGAGACAUGUCUGAGACCCAGGCAGACCCCCCAGCACAGCCUUUCCUUUAGUGUACGGUGUCUCCUGUGGAUUGUUUUGAAGACUGAGGAAAAGUUACUUGCAGUUGCCAAGAAGGAAGUAGGGAAAGCCCUGAAAGAAGCCUUUGAUAUUGGGAAACCCCCUUGCGCAGAUGCUGCAGUGAUUCAGAUACUAACAGAGAAGACAGAGGCUGCCUGGCAUGUCAGUGAGAGCCUGAGUGAGAAGGUGGAAGCUGUAUGCCUGGAGGAGUGCCUGAGGUUCCUGGAGAGCUAUGAAAAUGAAGUAAGAAACUUUCUCCAGCUCGAUGGCUGCCCAGAGAUCUGCAGUGGCUUAUGGAUCCUGGAGAACUGCUGCAUUCUCAGGGCUGUCUGGUGUAAGCUAACAUACAUUUACAGUGCCAGCACUGGUCAGGAUGUUAAGGUAAAUGGAUUUCUAGACAGGAUGGAAGAUGAGGUUACUGAGCAUUUUCUGCAGAUGGUGGCUUCUAAAGUCAAGGGAACACUGAAGGAGCACUUCAAAAAGUGUGACAGCAGUUUUCACCACAUCCUUGAAUCCUUAAAGCAAAGUUUUUUGGUAUUUGGGAAGAAAAAAACAGACACAUAUGAGCAGGCCCUUGUCAAGGCUGUCAAUGCCAUCAUUAUUGCAGAGUAUGUGCAGGCCCUCCUGACCACUUCCAGGAAACUGUCUUCUGUGCAGAGGAGGAGGAUUGUCAGCAAGAUGGAAGAAGACCAUAGGAUGCUGCAAGACAUCUUUAAAGAAUGCUUAGGUCCUGCAGCUGGUCACCUCAAGGAUCCUAUACAAGCAAUUUUAGAGCUUAUUCAAGCUCCUGAUUCUGAGGGGAUGAAAAUAGCCCUUUUGCCCAUUCUCAGAGAAUUUCCUGAUCUAAGGAAGGAACAUCUGAGUGCAGUGCUGAACAUCAAAGUUUCGCUCAACCGAGAAGACAGAGCUGCUCUCUUGGAGGCAUUUCAUGAUAAUUGCAGGGACUCAAACCCAGGAGUGAACUUGCUUUUUGCAGAUAUAGAAGUGAAACCUGGAAAAUACGGACUCUGUGCCUGCCUCUGCUGUUAGCAAAGGCCUGCUGUGAGAAACGUGAAGUUUCACUCCAUGUGCGGUGUCUGCAGUCACAGCUCCUUGAAACCUUCAGUGAUCCAUGCAGCCUGAUGUAUGGAGAAACCUGACAGCUAUGGAAGACAAUUCCUGCACUUCUGCAGGAAAGCCAAGAGGCCCAAAUCCUAAUCUAUGCAGAGUCCAGGUGGAAGGUGAAUGGAAUAUGGCAGAAAGACAUUCU